CCGAAAACCCUUCUUACACCGGUAUUCUUCGCGAUGACCGACAGCUCGCUUUACCAGCCGCUUGACACAACUCGAGACGAAUUUCGCCUGCUCCGCAUAGAACCAAGCCACGAUUUUGACAACAUCAUCUCGUGCCAACUCUUCACGGUUAGCCGUGCUGAUAAGCCAUCUUAUUGCACUUUAUCAUACGAGUGGGGCGACAAGACCGUCACCAAACCUAUGCUAGCCAAUGGCAUCAUAGUCCAAGUCACCCGCAACCUCGAAGCGGCGUUACGUCGUAUCCGGCAAUCCAACCCCAAGGUCGUCAUUUGGGUCGACGCAGUAUGCAUCAAUCAGCAUGAUAUUGUCGAGAGAAAUUCUCAGGUGGCCAUGAUGGGCAAAUUGUAUUCCGAGACGACGCUGACCUACGCAUGGUUGGGAGAGGAUAAUGACGGCAGUGCUCAAAACGCAUUCCAAUUCAUUCGCAGUUACUUCGGCCACUUCAGCAAGCGUGUUGAAGACAUUGACAACUUUAUCUUGAAAAUGACCAAAAACAUCUACGACGACGCAUACUUCGAAGCACGGGAUCAAGUUAUGGACAACCUUCAGAAUGGUAAACUUGCGCUAGACAUGUUCAAGUUUCACGACAUCAGUAAAGUGUCGUUGAGAACAUACUGGUUUAGAACAUGGGUUCAGCAGGAGCUCAUUCUUUCACCAAGAGUCGUACUAAUUUCUGGCCCAGCCGCUAUUUCCUUCAAUUUGAUGUAUAUCGAGCCGAACCAUGCAGGUGUGCAUCGGAAUGGGGGGUGGGGACCAGAUAUCUACCCCACAGUUCGUUCUUACCAUCUACGGACCUCUGGUUGCAAUAUAGACGUGGUAAAAUCAGUUGUCCCAUUCAAACAGUCUAGCGAAGCGUUGGACAUUUUACUCGAUUUCAUUGCUACCAACAUUACCACCUCGCACCCCACAGGCGUUACAUUUCUCCAGGCACUUUGUUGCAACAUUUUCGAAUUUCGAACUUUUGCGGAUUUCCAAAACCCAAAAUCCAUAAUUGAAAUUCGCAGCUUUUUGCACUGUAUCCUGAAGUGUGGCGAGGAACGAUCAAUGUCACAUCCGCGAUUCAAUUUGCUCGCUCAUGAGCACAACCUCAAUACCGUCUUUGAAUCUCCGCCAAGGGAAAUUUCAUCCAGUUUGCGAUUUGCACAAAUUACUGGCGCCAUUGACCAUUUGAUGGAGCCAUACAAGGGCGCCCAAGAUCAUAGCGCCUUCCUUAAGAUGACGCCACAGGAACGCAUGGCGCCUUUCUGGGGAUCUGAAACAUAUCCUGAUGCUUUCACAGCAGACAUAGACUGGCAAGUCCCUUCCAGCGAAGCGGAUUUACCAAGGAUGAUGGAAGGAGCACAAGAUUGGUGCUGUGGAAAAGCCUUGAUAAUCACUGAGCAGGGCUUCACCGGCUUCACCACCUGGGACGCAUCGGCAGGAGACGAUAUUUGCAUCAUCGCCGGCUGUCCAUGGCCUACUGUGGUACGAAAAUCGGGCGAUUACCAUGAAAUGGUAGGCGGCGGCUUCAUCUUUGGACUAAUGGAUGGCGAGUUGUUCAGAGAUGGGCGGUUAACGGCAGACAGUCAGCAGAUCUUUGAGUUCAUCUGA